AUGUAUCGGAGCAUCAACUUUCCAUAUGCGGUUCCACGUGAACCAGCCUACCAGGAACCUCUGCUCCCCUUUGUCUCAGAAAAGCUUAAAGUUGGAAGCCCGAGCCGUUCCUGGGACGAUUUCGAACACCCAAAGCUCCGGCAGUGUCCGAUAUCUGUUAAUGACAUCGAACUAGGAGCAGUAACACACCCUGGUUAUGAUGCUGCUACGGUGAGAGGUCGCAUCAAGUCGACGAAGAAACAUGUCUUCAUCACGAUUUUCACAUUCAACACAGACUGUCUAGAAUCUGACUAUAUCAAAGAAAGUGGCGACCUAGAAAGCCUCUUAGGUUAUCGGACGAUAAAACAGGAAUUUUUGAACUGUGCCUUAAUGGACAUGAUCAACGACGCUUUCACGACUGCAGCCUCAAAAUCAGAACAAGUAGUUCUUAAUCCCGAUCCAAGUACAGGUAUUGAGGCCCUAGCGAAUUUGCAGGCUCUGUCAACAACCGAACUGGGCGACACUCCUCCCAGGCCCGAUACUGAACAUCUCAAGCCUUACACAUUCAAAGAACCAUUCCGCGACUGUCUUGGAUGGAUAAAACUGGAAGGGACAGCCCUGAAUUGGCUGUAUCAUAAAAAUUGGAUAAGAACGAUGAGUAUGUGGCACAUCCUCAGCUCAAGCAACAGGCAACAAGUAUUUGCUCAGCCAAAACCGGAGGACAUUUUAGACAAAAUCAAAAGCUAUCACGCCUUUGGCUUCAUUCUGGAGUACUACGCUCCUGCUCAAUGGCGCGAAAGACUGUUGCAGACAAGGAAUAUCGUUCCACCCUUGGGUGAUGAAGAAGACGGGUGGUGGAAGCCAGAAGUGUUCGCUGGUAAUCUUGAAAAGAUUAGCCAAUUGAUGCGAGAUGAUCUUGAACAGAACCGGGCUGCUGAAGAUGAAGACGCAGUAGCUGAAGGCUCUGGCGGACAUUCGUUGCCUAGACGAGCGAAUAAAAAGGUCAAUGCGAAAGGAAAGGGGAAAGGAAGCAAAAAAGGAAGAGGUAUAGCUGAAUAG